AAAUAAGUCAGUACACUCUCUAAAGUCAUCAAAGGCAAGUUCUACAGCUGGCAUUGAGUUACUAAGAGCUAAAGCAAAGGCCAAAGCUGCUCAAGCUAGAGCUACAUAUGCAAAGAAAGAAAUAGAAAUCAAAGUGGAACAGGCGCGCCUACAGGCAACCCUUGAUGCACUUAGAGCAGAGCAAGAUCAAGAAGCUGCAGCUGCAGAAGCAAAUUCAUUGGAAGCAGGACUGAUACAACUGGGCUUUGAAACACGCAGUGUAACAUACGGGUCAUGUCUUACAGAAAAUAAGGCAACACGCACAGCCCAGUAUGUUUUAGAUCAAGCAAAUCACACUGCAGCAGAGUCACCUGCCCCUGUUCAAAUUGAAAUAAAUAAUCCAGAACUCCCGUUGCAUCCCUCCGUUGUAAAGCAAGAAAUGAACUACGUAGCUCCUGAAAGUGAAGUUUGUGAACCCCAGUCUGUUAGUUUCAAGCAGUUUGCUCCUCUUGCCCCAGUGUUACCCAAAAUGAACCAUACACACAAUAGCCAUGUCGAGACCCAGCCAACUUAUGAUCUGGCCAAGUAUCUAGCCCGCAGCCAGCUCAUCACUACAGGCCUCACAAGCUUCGAUGACCAACCCAUGAACUACUGGGCAUGGAAAUCAUCUUUCAAAACUGCUAUAACAGGUUUGGACCUUUCUGCAGGAGAGGAACUAGAUCUGCUUGUACGUUACCUUGGUAAGAACUCAUCGAGACAAGUC